UACCAGUGGCCGUUAAGUACGGAGGCAGCCGUGAACAGCUGUAGCGGAGGCCCACAAUGCUAUUGGCGCUCUUGGCUACUGCCUUCGUUGCAUCUGCAAUGGCUGCGAAGUCUGAACCGGAGAUCUCUUACUAUGCGCUCCGUUAGACCCGCGAAGAGAAGCGCACAAGCGGAGCCGUCUCAAAAUGAGCACCGGAUUCAGCUCCAGCUCCUGUCGGUUCGCGGAUUAUUUGGUGAUCUGCGGUCUGGAUACCGAGAGCGGCUUAGAACCAGACGAGCUGUCCGCUUUAUGCCAGUAUAUACAGGCUACUAAAUUCAGAGAUGGUGCCAGAGGACAGUUGGCGAGUGCAAACGAAGGUGAGAAUUUUGAGCAGAGUCCACUGCGGAGAACUUUUAAAUCCAAAGUUCUAGCGCACUAUCCCGACAAUGUGGAGUGGAAUCCCUUCGACCAGGAUGCUGUGGGCAUGCUCUGUAUGCCAAAGGGCCUGUCCUUCCGCACUCAGGCAGACAUACGCGAGCCUCAGUUCCACUCCUUCAUCAUCACACGGGAGGACGGCUCACGCACCUAUGGGUUCGCCCUCACUUUCUUCGAGGAGGUGACCAGCAAGCAGAUCUGCAGUGCCAUGCAGACGCUUUAUCACAUGCACAACGCUGAACAGUACGACAUCCUGCACGCGCCCCCCAUGCCUCACAGCCUCGAUGACCCCCGACCCGGUCAUCCGCAGCUGCACCCCACCCCCUCCCUCUCCAGGUUACAACGCUUCAACUCGUACGACAUCAGUCGAGACACGCUCUACGUGUCCAAGUGCAUCUGUCUGAUCACGCCGAUGGCCUUCGCCCACGCCUGCCGAAAGGUUCUGGAACAGCUGCACCAGGCCGUUACCUCGUCCCAGCCGCCGCCCCUCCCGCUGGAGAGCUACGUCUACAACAUCCUCUACGAGGUCCCGCUGCCACCUGCCGGGCGUUCCCUAAAGUUCUCGGGCGUAUAUGGAUCGAUUUUGUGUCAGAGGCCCAGCACAGCCGAGCUGCCCCUAUUUGACUUUCAUAUACAGGAAGUGUUUGAGCUGCUGGGGUUGGAGAACGUCCUGCAGCUCUUCACCUGUGCGCUUCUUGAGAUCCAGAUCCUUCUGUACUCGCAACAUUACCAGCGGCUGAUGACAGUGGCGGAAUGCAUCACAGCCUUAAUGUUCCCCUUCCAAUGGCAGCAUGUGUACGUGCCGAUCCUCCCCGCAUCCCUGCUUCACUUCCUGGACGCUCCUGUGCCCUACCUCAUGGGUUUACACUCCAACGGCCAGGAUGACCGCACCAAGCUGGAACUUCCCCAAGAGGCCAACUUGUGUUUUGUCGAUAUCGACAACCACUUCAUCGAGCUACCAGAGGACCUGCCUCAGUUUCCCAACAAGCUGGAGUUCAUCCAGGAGAUCUCAGAGGUUCUGUUGGCGUUUGGACUGUCUCCAGAGGCAAACCCACAAUGCAGCGAGGUCCACACCAAGCUCCGGAGCUUUCGCUCGGCUGACGUGGUUUCUGAUAAACGCAAUGGCAACCUGGCGGGCUCGCCGCUCAACUCUUUCCUGCUGAGAGAAAACCAAACCAUAGCUCGCCUUCAAGCGCUGGUCAAGAGGACUGGAGUCAGUCUGGAGAAGUUGGAUGUGAAAGAAGACGCGAGCACUAAUAAGGACACUAAAGUGCAGUGUGGUGAACAUGAGUUCAGGAUGUAUCGGUUAAACAUUGGUGUCCGGGAGGUCUUCGCCAAUCGCUUCACCCAGAUGUUCGCUGACUACGAGGUCUUUGUCAUCCAGCCCAGCCAAGAUAAAGAGUCCUGGUUCAGCAACCGUGACCAGAUGCAGAACUUCGACAAGGCCUCCUUCCUGUCGGAUCAGCCCGAACCCUACCUGCCGUUCCUCUCUCGGUUCCUGGAGACGCAGAUGUUUGCCUCUUUCAUCGACAGCAAGAUCUUGUGCCACGACGACGAGGACAAAGAACACACGCUGCGAGUGUUCGAUUCCCGUGUUGACAAGAUCCGCAUGUUAAAUGUCAGGACGCCAACCCUGCGCACCUCCAUGUACCAGAAAUGCACCAAUAUUGAUGAAGCAGAAAAGGCCAUUGAGAUGAGACUGUGUAAGAUCGACCACACGGCUCUACACCCCCACCUGCUGGAUAUGAAGAUCGGUCAGGGCCGGUAUGAGCAUGGAUUCUUCCCUCGACUGCAGUCUGAUGUGCUUUCUACUGGACCCACCAGCAACAAAUAUGCGAAGCGCAGCGCUCCUGCACAGUGGAGGAGGAGGGACAGACAGAAGCAACACGCCGAACAUCUCUAUCUAGAUAAUGACCAGAGAGAGAAGUACAUCCAGGAGGCCAGGAACCUUGGCACUACCCUCCGCCAGCCCAAACUCUCCAACCUCUCGCCAUCAGUCAUCGCACAAACCAACUGGAAAUUUGUUGAGGGACUGUUGAAAGAGUGCAGAAAUAAGACAAAACGUAUGCUGGUGGAGAAGAUGGGCAGGGAGGCGGUGGAGCUCGGCCACGGGGAGGUCAGCAUCACGGGUGUGGAGGAGAACACGCUCAUCGCCAGUUUGUGUGAUCUCUUGGAAAGGAUCUGGAGUCACGGUCUGCAGGUCAAGCAGGGAAAAUCUGCCUUGUGGUCGCACCUCUUACAUUAUCAGGAGAGCAAAGAGAAGAGAGAUGCCACUCCAGCUGGCCUCACCCCUCCUGGGAUCAUUCAUGAGACGGAGAGGAGAAAGUCAGACGCCAGCUGUGCGAUGCCACCUCUUAAAGUCUCUUUGAUCCGGGACAUGAGGCACAUCCAGAACAUCAGUGAGAUCAAGACCGAUGUGGGAAAGGCCAGGGCAUGGGUGCGUCUCUCUAUGGAGAAGAAACUGCUCUCCAGGCACCUAAAACAACUUCUGUCCGACCAUGAACUCUCCAAGAAACUCUAUAAGCGCUACGCUUUUCUUCGCUGUGAUGAUGAGAAAGAGCAGUUUCUCUAUCACCUCCUUUCCUUCAAUGCCGUGGAUUACUUCUGCUUUACUAACGUCUUCACAACGAUCAUGAUACCUUAUCAUGUGGUGAUCAUUCCCAGUAAGAAACUAGGAGGCUCUAUGUUCACUGCUAACCCAUGGGUGUGCGUGGCAGGGGAACUAGCUGAGACUGGAGUACUACAGGUCCCCAGAAAUACUCUGGAGAUCACGUUUGAGUGUCAGAACCUGGGCAAGUUGACCACCGUUCAGAUGGGUCAUGAUAACUCGGGCCUGUAUGCGAAGUGGCUGGUUGAGUCUGUGAUGGUCCGCAAUGGAAUAACAGGACACACUUACAAGUUUCCAUGUGGCCGUUGGCUGGGAAAGGGCAUAGAUGAUGGUAGCCUGGAGCGGAUACUGGUGGGCGAAUUGGUGACUAACACAGAGAGCGAGGAGAGAAUGUGUCGGACUCCACCGAUGCAGCAAUCCCCUGGGAUGAUGCGAAGAUUUGUCACCAUUUCACCGAACAGCAAACCAAAGUUAAACACAGGGCAGAUCCAGGAAGGAGUGGGAGAGGCGAUUAAUGGUAUUGUUAAACACUUCCAUAAACCAGAGAAAGAGAGAGGAAGCCUCACGUUGCUUCUGUGUGGAGAGUAUGGUUUGGUGUGGGCACUGGAGCAGGUGUUCCAGCAUGGCUUCAAGUCACCACGCCUUUUUAAGAACGUCUUCAUUUGGGACUUUCUAGAAAAAGCUCAAGUUUACUUUGAGAGUGCCGAGCAGAGGCAGAUGAGCCAGGACGAGAACUGGCAGAUGAGGGCACGACAUUUUAGCCAUUUCAUGCGGGCUAUCAACAGCACACCUAGAAACAUCGGCAAGGAUGGGAAGUUUCAGAUGCUCGUGUGUCUCGGGGCCAGAGAUCACCUGCUACACCACUGGAUAGCGCUCCUAGCCGAAUGUCCAAUCACAGCACAGAUGUAUGAGGACACAGCACUCUUAAAGGACCAUUCUCUGGUGAACUCUCUCAUUCGAGUGCUACAGACUCUGCAGGAAUUCAAUAUUACUCUGGAGGCCUCUCUUGUCAAAGGGAUCGGGAUAUAACAUCAUCUAAACGUGGAACUAACACACAGAAUACCUGGGACCAUGAACUCAAAUUUUUUUUUACAUGGAGAGACUUGAACAAAAAGACUAAACCAGACCGACUUUAAAGCUACUGUUAUGUUUGCCAUAUAUUAAGUGCAAUGAGCCUUUUCAAAUGUGUCAUAAUUCUAUCAACAAUGUUGCCGUAGACAUGUAAAUAUGUCUAUUUUGAUCUAUACUGUUCACGAAAGGUGAAAAGCUCCACCUUUGCUAUACCGUUUAUUGAAAGCUCAAUAUUUUUUGUUGUUGUGGACUGCUAACAAUGGCUAUAUUUAAACGGAAACGUAAGAAAAACUGUUAUUAUAUUUUCAACAAAAAAAAGACAAAAGAGCAGUAUUAUUUUAAUAUGUCUGUCAGGUUGCUUGCUCUGUACUCCUAUCAAAUCCAUACUGUCACAUUGCAGAGUUUAAAGCAAAUGAUGUAGAAGUAUGCUUUAUAAGUACAAGUCGUGCAGAAUUCAUAUUUUUGCGUAGAAAAAAAGAAAAGAUAAAAACUAGAAAAAGGCUCUUGUUUUUGUAACCGGGAGCUUGUUUCAUUUCCUUUCCCAAAUUAGAUCUUAUUGUGAGCUUCUAAAAUAAAAGACAUGCCUCAUAAAAGUGAUCUCCAAAGUUUAAAAACAAUCAACACAGAAAGAAACGUUUUACCUUGUAGUUAGUUACAACAUUUAACUGGCUUACGUAAACCUUUUUAAUACAUCCUCCAAUUAAUGUGUCUCUUAAAUUUAUCGUCACAUUCCCCUUCAGUUCAGCCCUCAGGUUUGGACCGUGGCCGGUUGUAAUGCCAUGAUCUGCAGGUGAAUUCAACUGCGACACAAUUGAUGUGUAUGUGUACCAACCCUUAGUCGAACCCCGGCAGCCCCUCUGUUCCUGCUAUGCAAUAUUUACAGCUCUGAAAUAAUUGAAUACCGAUGAACCAUCAUUGUCCUGUUUUGGAGUGUAGCAUAUUUUGUAGUCAAUAUGUAACUGGGAGAAGCACAUUAUCGGCUGACAUUUAUGUGCCAAUUUCAUCAUGACUGUUCAGAUACCUUUUCAAACAGCUGGCAUGAGCAUUCUGGGAUUCUUUUCCUUGUGUUUUAUCUCUUGAUACAUUUAUAGACAAAGCAGUGUAAUGUAGUGUUAAAUAUUGGACAACUGUGUACAGUGUAUAAAAUGUAUUAUUAAAAGUGACGAUUCAA